AUGCACUUUCCCAAGCCCGGAGAGAAGCAAGCAGAUGCGGCGCCAAGCGGGGCGCAGGAGGGCAAGGUGAGGGCGCGGGGACUUACUCUGCCAAGCGCGGUGCCAAGCGCAGCGGCCGGGAAACCCAGGCCCGGCUCCCCGGCGCCCGGAACCCCGCGGGCGGGCAGGCAGGUCAAGCGCUCCGGACCGAACGGCGUCGGGGACAGGGACGACGACCGCACGGGCGCGCGGGUGGGGUCGGCUCGGCAGGCGCUCGCACUGCGCUCGGGCCGCGGCUCCGCGCGGCUCGGCUCCCGGCUCCCCUCUGGCUCCUUGGCACCUACUCCGGGCAGUCACAUGACGCCGGCGCCGCUCGCUCUGCGAGCCUCCCCGGGGCUGGCGGGGGGUGACCCCGGGGGCGCCUCCAGCCCAGAGGGACUUUUCUUGGAAAGGUGGAGACCCCCGGAGGCGUGCAACUCCCGCAGGCCCCGCCUGCCCUGAAGCAAAAAAGCGGCCGUGGCUCUGCACAGCUGCCAGAAAACUUAGCAAACUUCGGGCAGAUCCUCCUCCCACCUGGAGCGAGAGCUCAGGCUGGCCCGGGGCUUAGCCCCGCGACCUUUCCUUUCACAGCGUUAGAAGGCCAGCAGCCUCGAGGCACUUUUCUGUCCGAAUCAGACCCGUGCAAGAACGAUUUCGUGUAGCUU